AUGCCCCUGGUACUGGACUAUGCACUCAGCCUGGAACAAACUCCGACAGCAUCGGGACUCUAUAUGGGCAUCCAGCUGAUCGCAUCGGUUCUGGGAACCCUCGUUGGCAAUCAGCUGGUUACCGAGACGAGGUGGAACCAGUUCUUCGUCAGGACUGCCACGAGCAGCCGUGUGAACCUCGUUUGGUGGACAGGCUUUGUUUGGAGCUUCGUGGUAGCCUUUGUUGCCGGCAUUCCGAACGUUAUUGGCGUGCUCCUAUGGACCAAAGUCACCAACCCAGGCAAUCGCACGAUAUGGACCGUCAUAAUGCAAUGCUCCCGAAGCGCCGGCAUGGCAAUCGGCCCUGUCUGUUUCUCGAUCCUAAGCCGAGCGGUUAUCAACGGAGGCGAGGCGGUGAGCCCUCGAAGCAUGAUGGCUUGGGUUUCCGUCUUCAGUAAUUGGAUAACCCUCAUCUCCCUCACCAUCUGUGUCUUCGGCCUGCCCACCGAGCUCCCCGUUGCACUCCCCGAGAUCCCGGCCGAAACUCCCCACCGGGCGAGGAAGUCGGGGGAAGCCCGGCCGGAGGACCUGGAGGAUCCCGAGAGACAGACGGUGUACUGGAAGAUGUUCGCCCACUUCUGUGAGCGGCCGAUGACGCUUGCAGCAAUUGAGGUGUCCAUCACCAUGAUGCUGGAGAUGCUAUACGGCUGGGAUGCCUAUCAUUGUGGCUUCUGCUUAACUAUCAUGUGUCCGGUGGGCAUCGUCCUAGCCGUCGUCAUGAAGAUAUUGAUCAACAGCGGCUUCGUUUCAGAGUCCUCCGUCUAUUUCUCUGCGAUGCUGGCCUCCGUCUUCGGCGCUGCCAUGCUUUUUGAUGGGGGCAAUGCUGGGGCCUGGACCCUCAUCACAGGUGGUACGGUCAUUUUCAGUGGAACUGCCGUGGCGAAUGGCAUUGCAGAUGGUUGGGGCUCCCGGGCCGCGAAGGAGGGCACCAGUUUCGGCCAGGCACAGUUCCAGCUACUGAAGCUUCUCGCCAUCUGCCUCGGCAACUUUGCUGGGGACACUGGUGGCCGCUUUCUGGUUGAUUUCGGUGGUCGCAACACGUACGCAGGGGCUCAGCUUGUGCUGUGCCUACUGGGAGCACACACUGCGUAUGGAGCCUGCCGGCCCCUUUGGGCCAAGCAAAACGAGGAAUGGGAGUCUCAGGAAUCUGAUGCCAAGAGCCCUGGCUGUAAGUUGCCUUCAGCUCCGGAGGACUCACCGAACCCUUCCGAGGCUUCACCUUUCAGGUAG